UGUGAUUUCAACAUGAAUUCCUGUGGUCAAACCCAACAAAGUGCCAGUUUCAUGACUGUCGGGUAUAAGGGUAUUGAUUACAUCUCUGAGGCCUCAGUCAGACACAGAAUGAUGAUUGGCUUGUUAGAACUUCCAGUUCCGUUCCAGCUGGUCAGUAACAUCUACCCACACAACGGACACCUGCAGGACAACGCUUAUAGAGUACCAUGGAAGAACAAAACAUCAGUUUGUACUCUACAAGUGACUGGGUCUGUAAUGGAUGAUUUGAAGGCCAGCACAUGUUUCAGUGACUGUUUGGAGAGGUUUAAUGUGUUGCAGACAGGAAGAGGUCAAGAGGAAGUGGUUCCCAGCUCUAACCCUGCCUCUCAGUGCAGUAUUUCUACCACAGAAGCCCUCUGGCUCCUAGAUGGAGUUGAGAGCAGUACCACCAGAUCACCUUGGGAAGAGAGUUUUAGUACAUGUACACCAGAUACAUGCUGUGAUGAUCUUUCUCUGCCAGAGGAGGUGAUAUUCAGUGACCAUCUGCAGCAGUUCAAAAGCCACCUACCUCCUUUUCAAAGGAUGCUUCAGAGGCUGAACAUCAUGAUUGUCUCGGAUCCAGUUCUCAAUUCAUCAGUAAAUCUCUUAGAAGAGGUUAUUUUUAGACACUGUGCUUCAUAUGAUGCAGUUUUAGACAAGGUAACAGGUGCCACGUUUACUUUAAAUGCUACAGAAGAGUUCAAAAAAGAAGCAGUGCUGAAUGAAGAGUCUCUGAUGUUGCCUGUUGAAGUUCAUAUGAACUGCUUUCCAAGACAAGAGCCCAAUUAUUCCUUUGCACAAAUGCAAGAUUUUCUAAAUGUCACCCGUGAACCAAUAGAAGAAUGUUUCCCUUUAAAAGAUCUUCUCAAAGAAGUCACCACUGGUGAUAAACACACGGCUGAGUUGGAGGUCCUGGAAAUGCCUGAAAGCUGCUUUGCUAACAUCACCUUCAAGGAGCCACAAUCUCCGGUUGCUUCGAGGUCUUAUGCUGAGAUGGAAUUAGACCUGCUUCUUUCACCAUCUAGUCAUACGCUGUGUCUACCAGACCUGUGUAUGUCCAGCAGACUGUCAGCUGAGAUUCUGUCACCAGUUUAUAAGCAGCAUUUCAUGUCAGACAGUGAUUGUGAAAAUAUGGAAAAAGCUGUUUGGAUGGCAGAGAAACAUCCCCAUUGUGUGGCUCGAUUUUUACUUGCUGAACCACAGGUAGCUAAGCCAUUGGUCCACAUUCAGUCACUCCCAGAGCUUCUCACACUCCUGAAGGUGGAGAUGGAACAGGAUGCAGAACCCAAAGACAAUAUGGGCCAGUUUCACCUCACUGGCAGUACAGUGAUGCUUCCUGAAAACGUCUUCAGAAAUCUCUCCAUCUAUACUGAGAAAAUGUCCACAGAAGACUGUAAGAGAGCUGUGAGAAAGCCACACGUGGAUGAAACAUUCUCACCACUGUCUAUUGUGAAAAUAGAUGAGUUGCUGAGUAAGUGUGCUUCAAAUGCAGCACUGCCAUCUUCAGGUCGUCCCACUGCAGUUCACCUUUCCCAGAGUAAACCACUGCAGUCAGCUGUACCUACACAGGUGGAUAGAGGUACGACUGUGAAGUUCUUUAUAAUGGAGUCUCACCAACAAGACAGUUCUACAAUGACAACAACCAGAGGAGACUGUAAAGCUGCAGAGCUAAAACAACACAAGUCUAGUCCAGCAGAAAGAUGCUCUGGGAAUUCUUCCAUAAGUCCUUCAGAACAGCAGCCCGUCCUCUCUAAAGUGAUUGAGAUGUCUAAGUCUUCUCCACUGAAGCCCAGUGUUAAAUAUAUUGAAGUGAUAUCCAAUAUACAAACACUUCAUAAGCAGUCAGAACAGAGAAGAGAAGAUAUGAUCUCUAAAUCAUCUCCAUUAUCAAACUGUUUGAGAGGCAGAAAGAGAAAUAAUUCUGUAGUUCUGUCUCAUGAAGACCUGAACCCUUUGUCGUCUUUUCUGACAUUAAGAACAAAGUUGCAGAAAAAAUGUCCAAUGCAAAAACCUCAGCGGAGCAGUCCAACAUCUGCAGAGGUAAAUGUGAGUCAGAAUUCUACAGGAAAAGCCUUGCUAGAGAACAGAAUAAAAACAGCGAAUCACAUCUCAGAAACAGAAAGCAGUGUCAUUGCCGCUGAGACGAGCUUUCCCCGUGAAGAGAAACAAGAGACCAUCAGCAAGACCGUAUACGUCCACGCCACAGAGUGUCAAAGAGAUGCAUAUAGGGAGCUGCAGGCGUUGGCUCUGCCCUCUCUGAGUAAAAUGCAGGAGCUGGGCAUCUCUGCUUUGAACAACAGAGACUUUGGUACUCUGUCUUCUGAACUCACAAGAUUCCUCGUAAAGCAGCAAGAGAGAAUGCUUCGGACAGAACAGAAUGGGGACAGUGGGCUUAAUGAAAUGACACUUCUACAUAUUCUGGUCACGCUGAAGGAACAUGUUCUUCUCACAUGUGACCUCAGCACAGCCACUGAUUACCUGGCUAAUGUGAAGGAUUCCUGUGCUCUGAGCUGUCUGGAUGAGCUGUUGAGAAAGUUUGAGGUGCUGCAUUAUCUGAGUCAGAAGAGACGAGAACCCAAUCCUAAACUUCUGGAGCUCCAGGAGCAAAUCAACACAUGGAUGAAUUCCCAUUCUAACCACAACAUUAAAGUUCUAGUUUUGACAGUGAACCGUGUAAACACAGAGUUGCUUGUAGCUCUCAACCAGGCACGAGGAAACUCUGUGUCUGAAGUCAUCCCCAAUGAAGGAAAGAGUAAAGUUGUGAGCAGAGAAGUGAUGGACAGACUCUCCUGCAGUAGGUGUCUUGUUGUGUGCAGUCAGCACGUUGGUCCUGACUUCCCGUGGCAGAGUUUCAGCAUAGUGUUUGAGCUUCAACCUGUGGGUCAUUUACCCUUCGGCAGUGUGUGUUCAGAGAGAAACGUCAACUUUAUCUCCUUCUCCACUGCAGUGCCUGAAUCCAAUUUCUCAGACGAAUCUAUUUCUGCAUCAUAUCUGGACACUAUUCCAUUUGUGUUGCUCGUCACUGAUGGUUUACUGAGACGCUUAAAGAUGCAACGCACACUGGAGACAAUGUACAAUAUGGUUCUGCUGGAGAGGAAACACUCUCCAUCUGCACUGCAGCUGGGUGGAACCCAUUAUGAUGUCAUCACUGUGGACGAGAACACUGCCAUCCUCAUCCAGGAGCUGAGUGAGUUGGACAUGAGGAUUGGAGUGGCGUCUGAGCGUGUCGUCAUGAGACUCACAGUCCUCUCUCUGCAGUUCAGCCGCUGCUGGGUCAUUCUGCACUGCACUGAGAACCACAGGGCACUGAUUUCCAGUAACAUUUAUAUCAAUCUGCUUCAUAUCUACUCUGCAUCUGUGUUGUUUGGAAACAAGUCUGAGAAGUUUGAUGUCAAGGUGUUACUGGUGUGUGAGGAAGAAAAGAUAGCCAGCUACAUCUAUAAGAUCUCCUUACAUACGCUGAUGAACUCGGAGAGAGAUGGACUGAGCUGGUUGGAUAGAGACUGGCUCAGUGUGCAGCCCACAGAGCUCUUUAGUGACAUCACAGCUGAGUCCAAUGUCAAAAAGAGUGAGACUAAACCCUUCUCAAACAUAAACAGCCGAACUCACUCUCCCUUUUGGGAACAGGAUCCUGUUAAACUACAGAUACAGCUGGAGGAUAAGACGCCGCCUAGCCAGUUUACAGAGCUGAUUUCAGGUCAUAACAGCUUGAGAGGAAAGGAUACAGCUCAUUUUCACUCAUACAACCCAUUAACGCCAAGCCAGUUCAGCAGAGGUUCAACUACAGCGAGCGUCUGGCAGCUACAGGGUGAAGGAUUCAUUCAAAACCCAGAUCUCAUGCCAGGCCGAGUUGUUCCACGAGGGUCUGCCCAUGUUCCCUUGGCUCCUCUGCCCACUCCUGAAGUGCUGGGAGGCAGAAACACUGCGUGUGGAUUCAGCUCUAGACCGCAGAGUCAGACUCACUGGAGCUCACCUGAGAAUCAUCUGCCCAACAAGACAGGAGAGGAGAGGAAGAGGCGAGGAGGAGAAGAUGUGCACAGUGUGCUGCCGCACUGCAAGAGAGGAAGACUGCUAUGUGAGCGAGUUCCAGGCAGAAAUGAUGGACAGACCAGACUGAGAUUUUUCUGAGCAAGUUUUGCUAC